GUAUGUGUGUGUGUCAGGUAAACCAUGGCCUCUGAGGGCUAAUGAUACAGUGAGGAAGACUUUGCUCUUUGGUUUCUGCCUCUGACAUUGAUUCCAGACUGCUGCUGCCCCACGUACUGUAUAUACACUAAACUUGAACAUACUGCUCCAUUUGAAGUAUCUUGUGAUCUUGUGAAAACACGUUCCCCUCAACUGAACCUCACAACAGAUUACUUCACCUGACUGUUUAGGUUCAAACAAAGUGUCUAUUCUAUACAACAACAAAAAAAAGUGUGCCCAAGCUUUAUAUUUGACCCUGAAAAGUUAAUUAAAAGUAUGAAUGUGUGGGUGUGUUUGAAUUGAGGCAUUUGAGACGGUCAUGCUGCACUUUUGAGUCUGGAGGGGAUUAAUGAGUGACUAGUCAAGGCCUGGUUCACCUUCUUCGUACUCCAGACAGCUGCAACCUUGAAAUAUGUCAUUUGCCAGUGACAAGCUGUACAAUGGAUACUUGCGGCGGAAUAUGCCGACCAUUGUGACUAGGGUGAAACCGACAGAAAUAAUGAUCCAUCUGCCUUGUUUGACUUCUCAUGACAGGGAAAACAUUGAGGCAAAAAGAGAGACUUAUGGGAACUAUGACAGCAUGGUGGUUCUUCUGGACUGUCUGAAGAGAAGAGAAAACUGGCCAGAGCAGUUCAUCGAAGCACUUGAGGCGUGUGAGCAUUCAACUUUAGCAGCUGAGAUUAGAGCAGAAUACAACGCUCUGAGAGUCAUCAACAAUUCCAACCCCAGCUCCCCUCCAACGACUGUCGUCAGGGCACACGUCCAUCCUGCACCCUCUGCCAGUCAUAUGUCCCUCCCAGAUGGUGGGGCAAACAGUCAGGCUAUUGUUGCUCCACCAGCUGAAGCAUCAGCUCCUCCACAGCCAGCUGCCCAGGCCUCCCAAGACCCCCAGAGCUCAGCAGCCAACGUUCCUGAGGCAGUUUCCCCGUCUGAGCCCGUCUCUGAGCCUCCACAGUCAAAUCAGAAUGAAGUGAUACCCUGUCCAACACCUCCUCCUUCCCCUGUUACCCCACAUAAUCAGGCCACUAGAACCCCACCGCCUCAGAGGAAGAUUAGAUCUCACCAGGAGCCGGUGGAAAACUCUGAAUCAGACAUCCAGGAUAUCUCUGGUGGUAUCGCUGUGAUCCCUGAUCAGCUGAUUGCAGGGAACAGUGAGGUAUCGAUCAACUCUGUGGCUGCUCUUCAACCAUCCGGUCCUGUUGAGCAGUCUGAGACAGACUCUCUGUCCCGCCCAGAUCCGGUCCAAACAACAACAACCGCCACAGAGGUCAGUCCACCACAGAGUCCCUCCCCAACUCCGAUAAACUCAGAUGGGACCGAUGGAUCCUCUUUCCCCAUGAUGACCCCAGAGAGGCCUCCAGUCCAGGACACCACCCCUCCUGUUGACCUAAAACCUGCUGCUGUCCUGCAGCCUGAACAGAUGUCAGGACCUCCUGCUACACAGGUUGUUGAAAGCAGCCCGCAGACAGGAACUGCAGCUACAACCCCCCCCCUGCCUGGUGCUGCUGGGAUGGACGCCUCUCUCUGUGAUGACAGCACGGUGUGUCUGAGCAAGCCUGGCCAACUCAUCAGCAUCCCCCCACAAAAUCGUGAGCGCCCUACUAUCCCUGCGCCCAGCUCACCGGUGCAGCCCUACUCAGGGAAUAGUGAGCGUCUGGAAAUGAGCAAUGCUGCAGGUGACACUGUGACCUCUGCCUGCCUUUCUGCAUGCUCUGCUGUCAGCUCCACCACCAAGAGCACAGUGUCUGCACUGCCAUGCCAGGAGAACGGCAUUGCUCUUAACCAUAACGAACCGGAGGAAAACCAGUAUGACUCUCCUUCUCAGAGUUUGGGAAUGCAGGAGGUGCUGGAGAAUGUGGUGCAUGUAUCCGAGGAGGCGUCUAUCCUUAACCUAGACGGCCAAAGCCCAACACCACAAGCUCAAAUGUUCAAUGAUGAAGCAGCCAAGGAGAUCACGCCUGUACCACCACCAUUCACCAACACUGUUGAUACUGUAUCGAGUGUUAACACCCCCUCCAGUGAGAACUACCACCCCUCUGAGCCUGCACCUGCUGAUAUUUCACCAGAGCCGAAGACACUGCAGGAUUUAGAGAAGAAGGUGGCCUCUGGCACCCUGCCAACUAAUACAAAGUACAUUCUGACCGCUGCAGGAGUGGGCGCCUGUGCACUGCUGAUGGUGUGGAGGUUUAAGAGAUAAGGGGAUUUAAUACCUUUAACAGAAGACAAGAUUAGACUUUAAGGCUUUUAAAAGAGGAUGUUAUGGUUAUGGCGCCUUACUGUAGUCACUGGACUGGGAUGACGUGAGACAGCUGUUUAAUAAUUACCUUUAGUACUGAUAGCUGACUUGCCAGACUGUUGAUCAUGUAAUUAAUGACAGGUAUGUUGUUACGUUGGACUAUGUUUUAUCAUUUUACUGUUGAAUGAAGUUAGCCCUAAAAACCAAAACUACCCUUCUUAUCCUAGUUUGGAAACGUAAUGGAUCUGGGUUGAGAUCUCAGGUUUUUUAUGGACUUGCUGCAAAUAAGUGGUUUGUAAAGAUACACUGAUGCUGUCUUUUAAUGAUAGAAAUGUUUGUAUGUUCACUUUUCUGAAAAGCACUUUCAAGAUAAGACUGCUGGCUGUCAUCCAGGGAGGGUUAUUGUACCAAGUACCAAUUUUACUGGAUGUGUAAUGCGGAAGAAAGAGUACCAGCAUCCCACUCUGUAAACGAUGGCUGGUGCACUGUCUGUAUUUAUUUGUACAUAUAUGAAUACGCUAUUUAGGUAUCUAUGUAUUUUAAGAACAAAUGAUUUGUCAAAAACAUUCCAAAGUACUCAUAAUAUCUUAAUAAAUCAGUCAGCUAAAAAUGUUAUAAUUCAGUUAAAUACUUUGCAAUGUAUCUAGUACAUAGUCCAGACCAGUUACUCCAACACGUUUUCAAACCAUGGGACGUCCUGUUUAUUUUUUAGCCAAAAACACUGUUAUCGUAGGUCGUCGUUAAAACUGGGGUUUUUAAUGGUAAUUUUUGUGGUUAUUUCCUAUUUCUUCUGUUUUGAUGUUUGAAAACAUCAAAAAAUAAAAAUGUAGUUAGUGUAAACAUUGCCUAGUUUUUUGUGCAAUAAGAUAAUUUAAAAAAUUCACAAUAAAAAAUUGGAAAUGAGCAUAUCUUUCUGCAUUUGUCAAGCAGUUGUGUUCUAUCUGGACAUCAUUUGGUGUACAUGUUUAAUAUGGUAUUUUGUUUUUCCAUAGGUUUUUUUCUCCUUUAAAAUAGAAACAAGUUUGAGAAGUAAUGUUUUGUGAGAUGAUAUUUUAUUGUAAAAAGCUUUGUCAAUAUAACAAAUGUAAAAAAAAAACAACCAACAACUUAAAUUUAGGAAGUGUUACACAAUUUUAAGAGGAUAUUUGAGUUGCAAAGAUGGGUUAGAUGCUUUGUAGAUUAAAUGUAUUGUCGUUAAUGGUACACAUGUAAAUUGUAAUCUCAGUUUAAGGUUUAUCAAAAACAAUGUAAGCACUGUCUCUAGCUAUGCACUUUAAAAAUCAUAUCAAUAAACUAAAAUUCCAAAAAUU